AUGCUGUCGGAGGCAGUGGGUCACAACCCCCGCAUACCCUCUCUGCCCUAUACAGCCCUCGUCCCACGACUACAUGAGCCCACACCGGUCUCAUGGGAUCUGGCAUCUCCAUCGUCAAUUUAUCACUCUUUGGCCAGAUUGACUUGGCGACGGGCGUGGGCGAGAAUUGCGUCAUCAUCGAGUCGUUUGGAUAUCUCAGCACAGCUGGAGACUCGAGCAGCCUCAGCCCUGUCUUCGGCUUUUAAGAUACUAAAUACAUUCAUAAACACAUACACACACGCGCACACGCACAAUAAAGGAGAGAUUUGGACAACGGGUUCUAGUGGUGCCGGGGGGAAGUUGGCCAGUGUCGACUCAGUUUACACUCCAGGGACUGCAGUCAGUCACUUUUCUGACAAAAUCUCCGGUCUCCCGGCCAGCCAGCGGGAACAACACAAGCCUACAGAAUGUGCAAAGUGGGGCGGACAACGGAGGGGGAGGAAGAAGAGCCUGGGAAGCGGAAAAAAGGGAAAGCGGACGCCCCAUGGUCGAACGCGAAGAGCAGAGUUUGCCCAUUUCCCUCGGUUCUUAGGCUCGCCCUCGACAUCUCGUCGAGUCACCGGAGCCACUCAAAGGCCAUUGUCCUGUCUCCACCAGUGCCCACCCCUAUCCUCUCCCUCCCUCCCUACCCCACCCCAAGUCGGCUUUCUCUACCCCAGCCCAAGAGAACGACAGUCUAGUGAGUCUGACAUGCAGUAUCUCCGCCCUUGCCCCCAUGCUACUUGCUUCACUCCAUUGGCCAGGACCAUCGCUGGCCUGUUCAUACCCCUCCUUUUCUCACCCAUUCUCACCUCUUCCACUCCCACUGUCUUAUAUCCAUUUUUUGCCCACACCUCGUCCCGCCAAUUUGAUCUGGCCUCGGGCACUUUUUCGGCGUGUAUGGUUUUGUUUGUCAUGAUUUGCCUAGCAUUGGAGCAGCCCAGUCGUUACCAAGUCGGACCAGCAAAGUGGGCUCGAUUUUUUGUCGUUGAGGGCAGCUGUACUAUGAGUCUCUAG